CAAAGCAUUUCUAAAGAGUUAACCGAUGACGCCGUGGUACACUAUUCAAUUUCCUUUUCACGUUUCAUUUUUUCCCUAAAAGUAUUGGAUACUUUAUCAUUAACCCAUAAUGUGCAAGCAAAGUAUUCUGAUUUCAUUCUGGGCUCAUGAGGACGUUAAUAUUUUGGAGAAGUGGGUCUUUGAAGGGCAUUAACCUCCUGAGUCUAAUGUCAUUUCAAGUUCUGGGGAGGGCGGUGGUGUUUUUCAUAAGUCCAUAAUGAAAAAGUCCAUAAUGUGAAUUCACAAGAUGUGGGCUUUGUACGAGAAACGAACAAAGAAUCAACUCAUUGCCGAAUGGAAUUAAUCUCACUGAACAUAGGACAUAACCGCGUGCACUAAAGAUACGACAAGGUUGCAAAUUUUAAUUUGAAAAUUAUUUACCGGCAACUGGAAUUUUUUCAGCAUCUGCCUCUGAUACAGAGGAAACAGUGCUUGGGUUCUUAGCAAUUACAGCGCUGUGGGACCCGUUUAAUUAUAUUCUCCACAUGAGAACAGUCUGAUGCGCUGAAGGCUUAAGAUGCCUCUACAAAUUCAUUCUUAGCGUCUCCGUGCCUCUUAUUUCUAUGCCUUGGCUUCAUUGUAAUAUUUAUCCGUUUUAGUUUUGUCGGCUACCUUGUUUCUCGCCCACUGCUUUAAGGGCGCAGUUCAGCAGAAUUACUUUAUUUUUUUCCCUCGAAUCACUCGUCAAAAUGAGAGGAAAACUCCCCGAAAGAAAAAUUAAAAAGGGCCCCCAUAAAAUAGGGUAAAAAUAUUAGCGUUGUAUCCUUCAUUUUAACGAAACACAAGAAAAAGACCAGCGCCUUAGUAGACGCCUCACUUCAGUAUUUUUAAACGUUUUGUCGUUUCUUUAAAUUAAAGACAAUUUCUUGAAACCAUUUUUCAGAAUCAGCAAGGGAUGUGAGGGUUAUAUCAUUUUUUCUCCGCAUCGUUUUUAGUAUAAAAAAAUAACGGAAAUCGAAUCAUUAUUUUCUCGGGUUUAUAGUAAAGGAAUUCACAUCGGAUGUCAGCGGACGUUCUUAUUUUAAAAUGGUGAUUUGAUUACUUAAUUCGUGCUUCUGUAUUUCAAGUAUAGUCAUUUGGCACGGUCUGUUCCACUGUCAUGUUGGAUAUUUAGAAACAACAAAGUAGUGCCCGAGGUCCCAGUUACAUCAAAAUAUUGCCUAACACGCAAGCAAUAACUAUGCAGCGCUCCCAGGUCGCUCCUGCGAAUCUUUUUGUCAGCACCUUUCCCAUUCUGGGCACAGCGAGCAUAUUACACAGUCCAGCUUUUUAAUAGUGAAAAAAGGGGGGGGGGGCGACCUAAGGUCUCUUUAACACAUAGAAGCAUAUUGUGAUAGCCGAACGCUUGCAUUUUACUUGUCCAUUAUUUUUGUCUUUUUGUCUUGUAAUAAUUCAUUACAUUGGAAAGUUGCAAUUUGAGAAAUAUACUAACACCUUACCCCGUGCUGUAUAGAGUGCAGCAGACUGACAUGUUUCAAAGUCUAUGUCAGAGGUAGUAUUUGAAGGAGGCUUUUGUCGAAUAGGUGCGGGGAAAAAAUUCUUUCCUGGGACUCCAGGAAUUUCCUGGAAAAACACUUUCCUGGGACUCCUGGUCCCUUCCUCAGUGCGAAAUUCGUCUGAAAUAUUAAUAUUGUUUACAAGAUGUAACAUUAGAAAGAUGAAAGGACAAUAAUCAAAGGUGGCUUUUAAUAUCCUGAUUAUUUAAAAAUACCUUUUAAGAAGCAAGACACACUUAAACGUGCUCUUUAAGACUCGUCUAUAAAAUCCUGUCUUGCAUUAUCAAUACCCAAGUCUAGACAUUGGUUAUGUUUACUGUUUCUUUCUUCUUGCAUCUUGGUAUGUUGUCACCAGAGGAGCAAUUUAUUGGUGUAAUGCAGUCUAAUUCAGCCUCUUUGAUCUUCGGAGUAGUCUUCUUGGUUGCUUCGCAUUCGUUUAAUUUCUUGGGCCUUUAUUUCUUCUCAGGAAGCGUUUCUGUUGAGAUUGUGAUUCUUGUGGGGUUUUUUUGUAACUAACUGUAACACUGAGUAAUAUUUAUGAAAUAAGGAAGCUGUUUGCUCUGAUGCUGGCUUUAGGUUGCGAAUAAUACACGUUUGUACAUAUGUAGCUGUUGGCAAACAGCUAAACGUAGUCACAACAUUUGCAUGCUCUUAAACACAAAUACCUACAUGUCUUCGCUGUAGUCAAUUUCACUUGUUUCUCUCCGACCCCAUAUGGAAUCGUUGCAAUAUUCGCACGGGAGCAGCCCUCAAGAGUUCUUUCCUUCUCCCCCCUCCCCCCAGGCUUUCAAAACCUGAACUCUAGGGUCCGUGCGAAAUAUCGCCAAGAACAAUUUUAACUAGUGAGAAGUUCUUUGUACACAGGGCAUUAAACUCUAUAAUUUAAAGGAGAAUUUCCGGGGCAAUUCCAUUGUGCCUCUUCCAGUUUAUGAUGUGCAAUAUAGCAGGGCAGUAAAAGCUGUCUUUACCAGGACUCCCUGUCUGAGAGAAGGAAACCCAUUUUAUGAUCCGUUUAAAGGAAGGGUACGGUGCAGCAUCCUCAAUGGAAAGUCUUCUUAUUGUUGGAAAGUGGAGUGUGUAGAAAAUGAGGAACGUUACCCGUGACUUAAAUGUAAUGUUGCUGUCUCCUUCGGAUAGUAAGGACAUUGUGAGACACCCUGAUCUAUACCACCUGUGAUGCAGGAGGAGAUUGGAGGAUGGGGUCAUAUGACUGGUCACGUGCUGGAGGCAGCUCAGUCCAAAAGAAAAUGGGGUUUGGUGUAAAUCUGGGGGUGUAAUGUUAUCAUAUAUCACGCUACCUCGUAAAACCGACACGGAAGCCUACCGGACAACAAAUCACAGGUCAAAAUUAUGAGUUCUUCGUAUUAUGUGAACGCUCUUUUUAGCAAAUAUACGACGGGGGCUUCUCUUUUCCAAAAUGCAGAGCCUACUUCUUGCUCCUUUGCAACCAACUCUCAGAGAAGCGGCUAUGGACCAGGGGCUAGUGCUUUCACCUCCUCCAUGCCUGGCUUGUACAAUGUGAACAGUACCAUAUAUCAAAACCCGUUCUCUUCCGGAUACAGCCUGGGCUCAGAUGCCUACAACCUGCAUUGUUCCUCUUUUGAUCAGAACAUUCCCGUCCUCUGCAAUGAUCUAACCAAACCCAGCUGUGAGAAAGCGGAGGAAAGCAACCUGCACAGCCAGGCUGAGGCUAAUUUCCGGAUAUACCCCUGGAUGAGGUCUUCAGGUCCAGAUAGGAAGCGGGGUCGCCAGACGUACACUCGCUACCAGACACUGGAGCUGGAGAAGGAAUUCCACUUCAACCGCUAUCUGACUCGCCGGCGGAGAAUAGAGAUCGCCCAUGCUCUGUGCCUCACUGAGAGGCAGAUCAAAAUCUGGUUCCAAAACCGGAGGAUGAAAUGGAAGAAAGAGCAUAAAGAAGAGAGCGCCAGCACCCCAGCGACCAACGAGAACACGUCAGCAGCAGCGUCUGUGGAGAAAGUGGAGGAAGAGGAGGAAGAAGACGAGUAAAAGCCCCCAUUUGAUGAAGCAAUCUCUAGUAUUAUGUAUGCACGUGACAGUUGUAAAAGCUCUCUUGAAAAAAGACUCACUGUUUUAUUUUCAGUAUUCGGUUCCCCUUAAUGAACAUCUUGUAACCGAGCAUUUUAGAACAUGAAAAGGUCCCCUCCCUUGACUUGUCUUCCAGUCCCCACCUUCCCAGAGCUCCCCUAUUUCCUGCCUAACCGAAUUAUAAUCUCGCAUAAGGUCAUCCUGGUCAUCUUAUUUUCGUUUGCCCAAACCUAGGGUGUUUUGUAUGAGAACAUUUGCUAGAGAGAACUACUCCUUGCACAUGCAGGAAAAAAAAUCACUUUCAGCGUAACUACCUGACUCAAUUAGUCCCAAUCAGUUGUGCAGGGGAAAGUGCAUUAGGAUCACGUAAAAAAACUACCUAACUUAGAAUAAAUAGUUCUGCACUUCCUGUUUGCUUUUAUUUAAAUAGGUCAAAACAAACAGACAGCAUUAAACAGCAAGUGGAAAAAAAAAACCCUGCAAAAAAUAAUGAAACAGAAACCACUACAUCCUGCAAUUAUUUGUACUACCUAUCUUCCAGACUACCUAUUUCUUGUUCCGCCUACCUAUCUUCUACGCUAUACUGUAUUUUAUUAAUCAAAAGAAAAUAACAUACUAAUGUGAAUUGUAGAAUGCUUUUAGUAACGUAAGUGUAGUCCUUUGAAAAGUACGCAUCAAUAGCUUUGGUAUAUAAUUUGGUACCGAAAAUGCUAAAUAUAUUUAAAUUGAAAAAUAAUAUAUUUAUUCCAAAGCAAUUAUAAAUGAAAACCAUAUGCUGCAGUAUAUCUUUCUUCUCAGUCCUUUACUAUUCCGAGUGGAGAAGAAAACACAUGCUAAUAUUGUACAAAGCGCUUUAAUAGCUUCUGUUGGCUUCUACCUUUUGAAGUACACUGUUACAGGCCGGUUUGUUUUCUAAGCUCAUCCUACUUAAAAUAGCGGAAACUGUUUCUUUAAAAACUGAAUUAAGACGACUAUGUUAGCGCCUCUCAAAAAUCUUUUUGUCCUGAUUUCGGAAUGUGUUAAUAUGUAAUACCGUGAUUUUUCCUACAAUAGCAAAUACUGUAUAUUUAAACGAUUUUUUUUGUCAUUGAUAUUGUCUUGAAAUCAUUUGUAAGAUCACGUCAUAAACUGAGAAGUCUGUAAUUAAAUUGGUAUCUUGGUAGCAUGAUGUCUUGUUAAGAUUUCUGUAUAAAUCCUUCAUGGAGGUUUGGCUAAAGUUUAUUCAUAAAUUGUACGUUACAAUGUGUUUCGAUGUGUUCAUUGUGAACAUUUGAAUAUACCGUGUAAGUAUUGGCAGUGGAGGACAAAAAUGUAUGUUCACUCUCUUUGGAAGUGAUACCGUGUUCAAAUAUCUCCCACAAUAAAUGUGUUUUAUGUUACACAGAAAAUAAAUAUGCUUGUUGACAAUGAA